AUGUUUACCUCUUUUGAAGUUUACAAACCAACCAAGUUAGAGAUUGCACAAUGUUUUGGAAAAUUAAAUACUGCUUAUAAACAUCCAUUUAAAUACAUCAUCAUGGAUGUUGAAAUGAUAACUACUUCUAGCAUGAAUACCUCUACAUCGACAACACCAUCGUCAUCUUCAACAACAUCUACACCAUCAUCAUUGCAAAAUGGUAAUGAUUAUCUAAGUUUCAGAGAUAAUUCAUUGGAUGAUACACUAUACAGUAGACAGCGAUAUGUUUUGGGUGACUUUGCAAUGUCACGACUCUCCAAGGGUGACGUGCUCAUCAGUGGCAUCGGUGGAGUCGGUCUUGAGAUUGCCAAGAAUCUCGUGUUGGCUGGUGUCAAAUCACUGACUCUUCACGACCAAUCGAACAUCUCUAUCGACGAUCUCUCCACACAAUUCUAUGUAGAUAACAAAGAUUUGAUAAACCUUACUGAUGAUAACAAUAACAAUGUUAACAGAGCGAAUUACACACUUCCAAAGAUUGCAGAGUUGAAUCCCUAUGUAAAAAUCAAUGAGUUUUGUCGUGAGCACUCGAUUGCUUUCCUAUCGGCCGACACCUCGGGAUUGCUCGGUUGGGUGUUCGCUGAUUUCGGUGCCAACUUUACGGUGUACGAUAAGAACGGCGAAGAUCUGAAAGAGACAUUCAUCUCUUCGAUCUCCAAUGCCCCAUCAGCCAUUGUCACCUGCAUGGAGGGUCAGAUGCACGGAUUGGAAUCCGGUGACCUAGUGAAGUUCCGUGAGAUUCAAGGAAUGACAGAACUCAACGAACAAACCUUCAAAGUGGAAGUACUCAAUCCCUAUUCAUUCUCCAUCGAUUGUAACACCACCAACUACUCUAUCUAUUCACGUGGUGGAAUCAUCUCUGACGUUAAACAACCUCUAACUUUUUCAUUUAAAUCAUUGAAAGAAUCAAUUGAAUCACCGGAAUAUUUGGAUUUCAAUUUGUUGAAGGAGAAUGGACAGAGACAUUUGGCAAGAUUGACAUUGUCUCAGUAUAAAGAGAGAUUUGGAUGUUAUCCAGGAUCUUGGAGUCAGAUCGAUGCCAAAACAAUGAUUGAGUUGGCAGGACAAAUCAACUCGAAACUCGGUAUAGUGUCGACUGUGGAUGAAGAUGUUAUCAAGACGGUCUCAAUGACAUCAUGUGGAAAUAUCUGUCCACUCGUUUCAAUCAUCGGUGGUUUCACCGCACAGGAAUGUUUGAAAUCGAUGACCGGUAAAUUCUCACCACUCAAACAAUGGCUAUAUAUCGAUGCGUUUGAAUUGUACAACAAAGAGGAGGACGCGUUGAAUGAGCAGCAGUUGACUACCGACUUUGUUGCCAGUGGUCAGUUGAAUUCGCGACGUUCACACUCACAGCUGCUUGCUCUCGGUCUCAACAAGUGCAAGAUACUCGAGAAUACAAAGUUGUUUAUGAUUGGAUCGGGUGCAAUCGGUUGUGAAAUGUUGAAGAACUACGCGCUCCUCGGAGUUGGUUGCGGUGCCGAUGGAAUGGUGACAAUCACCGACAACGAUCUCAUUGAAAAGUCGAAUCUGAAUCGUCAGUUCUUGUUUAGAAAUCACGAUAUCAACAGUCCGAAAUCAAAGACGGCGGCACUCGCUGCCAAAGCAAUGAAUCCCGCGUUGAACGUCGAUCCGCGUCAAGAUAAGCUCGAUGUCAACUCUGAGCACAUCUACACCAGCCAAUUCUAUGAACGUCAAAACAUUAUUGUGAGUGCUCUCGACAAUGUGGAGGCACGUCUCUACGUCGACACCAAGUGUGUAGCCAACAGGAAACCACUCCUCGAAUCCGGUACUCUCGGAACGAAGGGACACACCCAAGUGAUCAUUCCCGAUCUCACCGAAUCGUACUCAUCCACCAAAGAUCCAAAUGAGAAACAAACUCCAUUCUGUACAUUGAAAUCAUUCCCCUCCACCAUCGACCAUUGUAUCCAAUGGUCAAGAGAUAAAUUUGAAAAGCUAUUCUGUAUCAAUCCAUCUGAACUUGAUAAAUUCAUAAAUGAAUCAGAUUAUAUAACUAAAUUAUUAAAUUCACAAGUAAAUAAUAAGAUUGCUAUUUGUAAAUCACUUUCGAAAAUGAUGUCACAAUAUCCACAGUCGUUUGAAGAUUGUAUUAGAUAUGCUAGAGUAAAGUUUGAAAAGUUGUAUAAUCAUAAUGUACUGCAAUUGCUCAAGGCAUAUCCAAUCGAUAUGAAAACAAAGGAAGGUGUACCUUUUUGGACACUACCAAAGAGACCACCAGCUAUCAUUAGCUUCAACAGGGAUGACAGUUGUCAUUUCAAUUUCCUGGUGGAGACAGCGCUGCUCUGGGCAAACAUCUUCAACAUCGAGACGACCGAGGACUAUCGCCAGUUUGCCUAUAAAUACUGUGAUCAAGUCGUCGUUCCAGAGUUCAAGGCAAAGAACAAAGUAAUCAUAUCCGACGAGAAGGCCGCUGCUCCAAUCGAGACAUUCUCCUACGAACAAUUUAUUGAACUCACAAAAACUCUGGAACAACAAUUGAUCAAGAUGAAGAGCAACAGCAACAGCAGACAACAGACAACUCAACUCAAUCCUCAGGAUUUCGAAAAGGAUAACGAUGCCAACCAUCAUAUCGAUUUCAUUACGGCCUGUGCCAAUAUGCGUGCACGUGUCUAUAAGAUCGAAGAGGUCGAUCGCUUCAAGGUGAAAUUGAUUGCCGGAAAGAUUAUUCCUGCCAUCGCCACAACCACCAGUGUUGUAUCGGGUUUGGUUGCAUUGGAGUUGAUCAAAGUUCUCUUUUCAGGUAUCUAUCAAAAUACAUCGAUGAUAUUCAUGGCAGCACUACCAUUCCAUAGAAAGAGACUAUCAAUGCAGAGAGGUGUUCAUUUUCAUUUGCAAGCUGCAAAAUUGGGGGAUCAAACUCAAACGAUUCCAUUCAUUUCAGAGACAUUAAAUAAUUCACCAGAAAGUUGUAUUGGUACAUUAGGUCUGUCCGUGACAUCAUGGGUUAUGGUUUUUAUCAUCUUUAUCAAGCAAUCAAUCACUAAAUUCAUGAUAAACAAUUCACCGUUUACAUCGAGUUUCGAUACUUUUUGGACGGAUUCACGCAAAGAAGCAUUCAACAAAAUUACCUCCAUCACUGGUACAAUCAGUGCGUUUUCUCUCACAGGAGUAGCGUCAUUCCAAUAUAAAAAUUUACCAAUUCCACAUAUUAUUUUUGCAUUAUUAUUCUUUUUUGGUGGACUGGCAUACAUCAUUUUACAAACUAUAUUGGAUUAUAACAUAAGUUCAUUCUCAAGAAAUAUGAUUAGAUUAAGAAUAUUUUUAUCUGGAUUAUGUUUAGCUUUUAUAAUUCCCUAUGCAAUAUUACAAUUUAUAGAUGAAUAUUGGUUCUCAAAUAUUUCGGCACUCUUCGAAAUUCUAUCUGCAGCCACACUCUUUGUUUAUUUCAUGACAUACAUUCAUGAGUUUGGUCAAUUCGAAAUGUCUUUGGACUUCCACUAUAAACAAAAUACAGAGAAAUCAGUUUUGCUUAAAAACUCAAAUAGAUACUAUCAACAAUAG